CGUACCAAGAGGCCUACCACACUGCAUGGGAGUUUGCUGAAGCUGAAACUCAACUCCGGGCGAAUAAAAAGAAGCUGAGCAUGGUUACAAGCCCAAUCUAGUGCAAGUCAAGAAGGAAGAAGCACCGGGACCUAGCCGGCCAAGACACCACUUUGACCCGGUCGUCUGUAUGGUCAAUACAGAAGAAUGCCAAGAAAUCCGGAAAGCACCGGUCAUUCUUCCAGAGAACCCUAUCGGUCAAACAGGACGGCAGUGGUCGGGCAACUAUUGUUCGUACCACAGGUCAGAUUCCCAUAACACUUCUGAAUGUAAGAGUGUUAAGGGAGUAAUCCGGCAGAUGAUAGACAAUGGAGAACUGGGCAAGGAUUAUUUGCAGAAAGCCCAGGAGAAGAGUCAUCAAUGGGUUAGGCCAACGACCCAGGGAAAUGACCAGGAUACUGACCGGCGGAGGAAUAACCGGCCAAGGGAGCAGCAACCUGCCCCUGAAAAAGAGCAUAUCAGAAUGAUCUUCGGCGGGCCUGAAGAUGGAGAUUCAGCCCCGCAGUGGAAGAAUUGGGUCCGCAGCAUUUACGUUGGUGAAGUAAGUGCUGAACUGGCCAGGCGUAAGCAUACCAGAAGGGAAUCGAUCGUCUUUACUGACCGGGACCUCCCCCCUACCGGUGAAGAUCAUAAUGAUCCUUUGGUUAUUACCAUGGAUAUUAAUGGGGUAGAUGUUGCCCAGGUACUUGUUGACACCGGCAGCAGUGUCAACAUCUUGUACCUCGAAACUUUCCAAAAACUCAGGUUGUGUCGGACACAACUUGAACCCCUCAAAACCCCUCUAUCAGGCUUCACGAGAGAUACAGUGGAAGCUGAAGGAUCCAUAGUUCUACCGGUCGAACUAGGAUCGGGUGAAAAAACCGUAUGGAAGAAGAUGUGGUUCAUAGUUGUGGACAUCAAAUGCGUCCACAACGCAAUCCUUGGAAGACCGGGCAUCAAUAAGUUCGGGGCGGUGAUUUCCAUGCCGUACCUGUGCAUGAAGUUCCACACUCCCGGUGACGUGGGUGAGGGAGAGACCCGGGAAAAACAUGAACCUGAGGCCGAGACAUUGGAGAUUGAACUUCACCCGGGUGAUUCUUCCAAGACGGUCAGAAUUGGAGCAAAUCUCCCGGAAGAUCUCAAGGCAGAGAUUACACGGGUCCUCCAAGAAUACGCGGGCAUAUUCGCAUGGAGCGUGGCGGAUAUGCCCGGAAUAGAUCGCUCUGUUAUUUGCCACCGGUUGGCCGUGAGGGAGGGAAGUCGACCGGUACGACAAAAGAAGCAGUACCUGGCCAGUGACCGGCGAGACUUCGUCAGGAAGGAGGUGAAGGACCUCCUCAGUGUUGAAGGGUUCAGGAUCUACCAUGCAAUCGUCUUCAACUUCAAGCUGACGAACAAUGAGGCAGAAUAUGAAGCUCUAGCUGGAGUGCUCAGACUUGCCCAAGCCCUGAAAAUCAGCCGGGUCAAUAUCAAAUCUGACUCUAGCCUGAUUGUUGGGCAAGUGACCGGUAACAUGGAAGCAAGAGAAGGACGCAUGGCACAAUACAAGGAGCGCUUGCUUGCCCUGUUGAAAGGCUUCAAGGAAUUCAAGAUCGCCUAAAUUCCCCGGGCGGAGAAUGCAGAUGCAGACCUUCUCUCCAAGUUGACGCAGUAUGCUCCCGAGCAUGUUUCAAAACUUGCCUGGGUGGAAAUCCUGGAUCGAGCCAGCAUCGAAAAAUUGGAAGUCGCCGCUAUAACAGUCGGAAGCCAAUCUAACCAGUCAAACCUGGUCGGGGCGGACGACCAUUGGAUGUAUGAUCUGAUGGAUGGGGGCUUGCCCGAACAAGAUAACCGGGCAAGAAAAGUGAAGCUCAGGG